AUGGACAGCCCGCAGAGCCUGACGAGCGAAGCCCGUGCACGGGCUGGGUUGGAACAGGGCCCGACCAUUUUGGAACUAUUUAGUCAAGCCAAGAAGCUUCUAGCACUCAAACCGAGAGUCGAGAACCGCCAGUGGCGUAAAGACGGCCUGAGCAUGCAAGGACUGGGUCUGCCGGGUUCUGUUGAGCGGAACGUUGGCGCUUCGGGGCCCCUGGGAUCGCAAACUCAAGGACCAGUGGAUUCUCGAGUUUUGGACCUUUUGCUGCCGCUUUCAGUGGACGAUUUCAGGGGCAGUCACGCCCGGCUGAACUCCAGAGAUGCCAAGAACCGCCUGGCGCCUCCACUCACGGAGAUCACGCCGUCGCUGAUGGACUACAGCUCUCCAGCACUUCUUCAAGAAAACGGAGCGGACCCGAGAAGAAGGGGCUCCAGCACUACGGGCAGCACUACAUCGGAUGCCUUGACAUUCAAAGCAGGCCAUGUCAUCAAAAAGGAGCCCUCCGAGGGCGUCACCAACGUGCAAGUGUACUCCUCUCAAAGUCCUCCACGUGAAAUGAAAACCAGCAAAGAGAGCGUUCCCACGCUGCCAGCAUCACAGAAGAAGGAACCUAGGCCUGUUUCCAAUUUGACCUCGUCCCUCAUGAAGGAAAGAAAGGACAAGGAGGAAACGCCGAAGGACGAGUCCAAAGACGAAAAUAAGGAGAAGCCCACGGAGUGCCAGAACUGCCACACGGUGAAAACGCCGCUAUGGCGUAAGGAUCCCUCAGGAAAUACGCUUUGUAACGCCUGCGGCUUGUUCCUUAAGCUCCACGGAACUAUGCGUCCUUUGUCGCUUAAAACCGACGUUAUCAAAAAGAGGUGUUCCAGAAGAGCCUCCAGUGCUGCCAGAAACGUCUCUUCUUCAGUGUCUGGAGGCUCCUCCUUCCCUAAUAGGACACUGCUGACGCUGGAGUUUGCCAGGUACAGAGACGAGGGUAUUCCCAUCAACAGAUCGCUGCUGUACAUUGCUCCAGCUGGGUCCUAUAAUGCACUGUUUUCCAGCGAAAGACCCAAAAAUGUCUUGAUUUUGCCGAAACCUUCGGGAUCGGCCCGGGCUCAGCGGCAGUUUUCCAAGCCGUCGUCGCCGUACCUGACGACCCUGCAAUUCAAGCGGAAGAAGUCAGACAUCAAUAUCAACGAGAUGCUGGACGGUUUCGACAGAAGGGUGCCACUGCUGCUCUCGAUGAGCAGCUCCCUCAACAACAACAGCAACACCCCCAUCGCCAAACGUGGCUUCCAGGCCUCUUCACUCAACAGAAUAACCUCCGUCACAAACCUCCAUCGAAAACUGUCGUAUGUUGGAACGCCCAGUGGCUAUUCUGUGACGCCUACACAGCCAUUAACGCCUGCUAACGCAACACCUGGAAACGCUGCUUUCACAAACCUCAGCAGUCUCAGUGGUCUGGUGCCUCUGGCUGCCAACGCCAUGCGCCACAAUGUGUCGACGCCGGUUAUGGGCUUUUCUUCCAAUACCUAUUUUGAGAAUCCCACAACUAACGCCAACGGCGGCAACAAUAUUGCUCCUAGUGAAGCGCCGCUGCCUUCGUCGUACCACACGCAUCUCCCAUCCCGGCAGCUGUUUAUUGUGCCUUCUGACGUGACGCCGUUCAACUUCAACCCGGAAAACCCCACCACGUUGAACUCGCCGGACAAAACCGGCGACACCAUGGCGGACGACGAUUUCUUCAGAACGUACACUUCCCUUCAUGCCGACGAGGAUGAAAAGAUGACGCCAUUGGACGACGACAAUAUCGUGCCGAUGGACACGGACAUGGUGAAUGUCGGCGGCAAGUACGAGAUCAAGCCGACGCCGACACACUCGUCGCUUACACAUGGGCUCAAGGGUGCCAACGACAGCAACAGCAACAUACAAAAGGGCAACCAGCCGUACGGCGACUUGGACUGGCUCAAGUUUGAUAUAUAG